AUGAAAUUUGUAUGUUUGAUAAAACAAUGGAAUUAUAAACAUUUUUUAAGAUCCAGAUUUAAUAAGUUUAGUUCAAUAAAUUAUGAAAUAAAUCAAGGAAAAAAAGAAUUGAGUAUUUUUAAAAAAUUAAUUGUGAUAGGAGGAGGAGAAUGGACAGAAAAUAAAGAAUCCGAAAUAGAUGAAAAAAAAAAAAAAAAAAAUUUUGAAAAAAAUAAUGUAAAAAAAUGGGAUAUUUUUUUGGAAACAAAUUUUGAUAGAAUAAAAAAUGAGUUAAAAAAAAAAGAAAAAGAAAUUACAAAUUCAUAUGAAAAAUAUCUAUAUGAAUGUAUUCAAAAUAAUAAUUAUAAUGAUUUAUUAAUAGCAGAUAUUAUAUAUCAAAAUGGACAAAAAAUAUUAUGUAUAGGAGAAGGAAACUUAUCUUUUAGUGUGUUAUUACAAAAAAAGCUUUUAAAUUGUAAUGUUGUUGCUACUUGUAUGGAAAAUGAAAAUUUAUUAGAAAAAAAUUAUGGAAAAUUAUUCAUAAAAAAUAAAAAAAUUUUAGAAAAUAACGGUGGUAUAUAUAUAGAAAAUAUUAAUGUAGAAUCUGUUGAUAAACAUUUUUUAAAAAACAUGUUUGAUAUUAUAAUUUUUAAUUUUCCAUUUACAUUACCAUCAAAAGAAUUUGUAGAAAAAAAGUGGAAUAAACAUGGCGAAAAUGAAUAUGGCGAAAAUAAACAUGGCGAAAAUAAAUAUGACUAUAUUAAAUAUUAUAAAAAAACGGAAUAUUAUCUGAUGAAUAAACUAAUAUAUUAUUUAUUUAAAAAUUCAUAUGUCUUAUUAAAAAAUAAUGGAUAUUUACAUUUACGAAUAAAUGAUAAAUAUCUAACUUGUAGCUUCCCAAAGAAUUUUAAUUUACAUUUUCAACAAAAAAUUAAUUUUUAUGAUUCCUAUUGUGUAUACAAAAAUAUGAAAUACAUUCCUUCCCUAUACGACCACCAAUUUGUUACAACUGAAAAGAGUGGAAAAAAUGGAAGUGAAAAAAAUGGAAGUGAAAAAAAUGGAAGUGAAAAAAAUGGGAAUGAAAAGAGUGGCAAGAGUGGUAGUGGUAGUGGUAGUGGCAGUGGCAGUGGCAGUGGUAGUGGCAGUGGCAGUGGCAAAAAUGUUAUGUUCACGUCGCAUGGGAAAAUUUUCAAAGGCUUUAAAAUGGAACACACAUCAACAUUAGUUUUCAAAAAAGUCGAAAAAAAACAAAACGGAAAUAGUUCGUUUAUUAUAACAGAUUAA